AAGCCGGGCCACUCUUGCUAGGCCGGUCGGAGCAGGGCCAAGAGGUUCUUUGCCGUGUGGAGGUCGUUGGAGUCACUUGUCUGCCGCCCGCUCCUUGGCUUGCCGGUCCGCGCCCCGCCCGCCCCAGCCAUGCUCUCCGUCCUCGCCCGGCCUACUGGCGCCGCUCUCCGCCGCAGCUUCAGCACCUCGGCCCAGAACAAUGCUAAAGUAGCUGUGCUUGGGGCUUCCGGAGGAAUUGGGCAGCCCCUUUCGCUUCUCCUGAAGAACAGCCCGUUGGUGAGCCGCCUGACACUCUACGAUAUUGCUCAUACACCUGGAGUGGCCGCAGAUCUGAGCCACAUCGAGACCAGGGCGACUGUGAAAGGCUACCUUGGACCUGAGCAGCUGCCAGACUGCCUGAAAGGUUGUGAUUUGGUGGUUAUUCCAGCUGGAGUCCCAAGAAAACCAGGCAUGACACGGGAUGACCUGUUCAACACCAAUGCCACGAUUGUGGCCACCCUGACUGCCGCCUGUGCCCAGCAUUGCCCUGAGGCCAUGAUCUGCAUCAUUGCAAAUCCGGUUAACUCCACCAUCCCAAUCACCUCGGAGGUUUUCAAGAAACAUGGAGUCUACAACCCCAAUAAAAUCUUUGGGGUGACAACCCUGGACGUGGUCAGAGCCAAUGCUUUUGUUGCAGAAUUGAAGGGUUUAGAUCCAGCUCGAGUCAACGUGCCUGUCAUCGGUGGCCAUGCCGGGAAGACCAUCAUCCCCCUGAUCUCUCAGUGCACGCCCAAGGUGGACUUUCCCCAGGACCAGCUGACAACCCUCACUGGGCGGAUCCAGGAGGCCGGCACAGAGGUGGUCAAGGCUAAAGCUGGAGCAGGCUCUGCCACCUUGUCCAUGGCAUACGCCGGAGCCCGGUUUGUCUUUUCCCUCGUGGAUGCAAUCAACGGAAAGGAAGGAGUUGUCGAAUGUUCCUUUGUUAAGUCCCAAGAAACGGACUGUCCCUAUUUCUCCACACCGUUGCUGCUGGGGAAAAAGGGCAUCGAGAAGAACCUAGGAAUUGGCAAAAUCUCCCCUUUCGAAGAGAAGAUGAUAGCUGAGGCCAUUCCUGAGCUGAAGGCCUCUAUCAAGAAAGGAGAAGAGUUUGUAAAGAAUAUGAAAUGAGAAAGUUAGUGAGCCGUCCGUUUUCUUAACUUAUUAAGGCAUCAUGUCACGUAAAGCCAUUUCCGAUACCUUUGUAUUUCUGUUUGCUUUAAUGAUGAGUACUGUGUUGACAUUAUCAUCCCUCCCCAAUUGCAGUCGGUCUGCUGGUGCAUCACUAAAAGAAGGCUUUGAUUUUUUUUUUCAAAGUCUCUUCCAUAAAUACUGUGCUUUCUUCCCCAUUAAAACUGACUUCAGAGUGUCUGGUGUUUUUUUCAUCAUGAAUCAGAACUAGAUUUUAUUUAAAUAGUAGACUGAAGCAAGAUGGUUUCAUUGGUAGCUUCAAGAAAAUCUGAACUAUUUAUCAGUAACCGCUCCUACUCUGUGCCAUUGUGUCCCUCUGGUGUGUGAACUGAAAGAAGGGUCAGCUCAGGCAAGUUCCUCAUCGUCCUUCCACCCACAUGGGCGCCAGGCCACUGUUUUCUGUCCCUAGUUCUGUGUGGCAUUUCCUGGCUAAGCGAAGAGCACCAUCUUCUGUAUUACAGCUACCUUGGCUCACCUCUGGCCCCCUAUGAAUUUCAUCCUCUUCUAAUGGAGCCCUAAUAUUCAGUGAGUGACACCCUGCAGCCAAUAUUGUGAAGCAAGCUCGACAGGCAGGAACAACCAAAAUGCCAGCUGCCAUGCGGGCUGAGGACACAGUGCCAUCUAUCCUCAGAAAGGUGGCUUCAUGUCUUUCUUCAUGGCCUGAGAGGGACUUUGUUGCACUGGCCAGGCUUAGAACAAAUGUGAGGAGUUAAAGGGAGACUUGAUUAGUGUUGGGCGCAAUCUGCUCCCCAGAAGCCUUGGCCCCUGAAGUAGAAACAACACUCCAUACCUGAGAGAACUUUCUCGCAGCAGGUGAUGAUGACCUUCCAUUUACAUGAAAGGGCAGGUAGGGGUGGAACUGUACCCAGUGGGUCUAAAACAUUUUACAAUCAAGUAUGAUGUCAUUGUUUUCUUAAACGAGUAAUACAUGUUCAUUGUUUAAAACUUGAAAUGGAGCCAAAAAAAUAAAGCAGGAAAUACUGGUA